AUCCAUCAAGGAAGACCACGCUUCUUCGAUCUCGUUGCCGCGAAAGGUAACAGUCAUCAGAACAAGAACCUGAGAAACCUCUCUUUUGCUCUGUUUUUUCUCCAAAACUCGUUAAACCAUAAACCACAAUGGCUCGUUCUCUCGCUAACGCUAAGAUCCUCUCCGUCUUCGUCUCCGAAAAGCUCUCAAACGCCGUUUUCAGACGAGGGUUUGCAGCCGCAACCAAAACGGCGUUAGAUGGGAGCGUUUCGAGCGGUGGAACCGCUUCUGCCGCGGAGAUGAAGAAGAAUGUUGGGGAAGCUUCAAGCGAGAAGGCCCCAUGGGUACCAGACCCUAAAACCGGUUAUUACAGACCGGAAACCGUUUCUGAGGAGAUUGACCCGGCGGAGUUACGAGCUGUUCUCUUGAACAACAAACAAUAAAUUUAUUAAGAACCGUAUUUUCAUUAAUUAAUGUUGUUUAAUGAGAAGAUUAGAAAAAUGGGUUAUGAUCUUUUGUGGUCAAACGCAUCUUAUUCCGUUACCAUUUGUGUAAUAAUCGUUUGAUCUUGUU